GUUGUAGUGGCACCGGCUACAUAGGCUCGGGUACGGCGUGUCCUUGGGCCCAGACAGCGAGCGUGGGACAGAGACAAUAGCGGUCGGAGGGCGGAGAAGGCCGGCAGCAUUGAAAAUGGGAGACAUUGAAAAGGGCAAGAAGAUCUUUGUUCAGAAAUGUGCACAGUGCCACACAGUUGAAAAGGGAGGCAAGCACAAGACUGGGCCCAACCUGAAUGGCCUAAUUGGACGGAAGACUGGCCAAGCUGCCGGCUUCUCUUACACAGAAGCAAACAAGAACAAAGGAAUCACCUGGGGUGAGGAAACACUGAUGGAGUACUUGGAAAAUCCGAAGAAGUACAUCCCAGGAACAAAGAUGAUUUUUGCUGGCAUUAAGAAGAAGACUGAGAGGGCAGACUUGAUAGCAUAUCUCAAAGAUGCCACUUCUAAGUAAUAGUUAUCUGCUGCCUUAUUUAUUUCACAACAGAAAAGGAAAUGAAAGUGUUUCUGUGAUGAGAUUGGUUUUUAAAUUUUCUAUUUUUACAUGCACUAUAUUAAACCUCUUAAAAUCUGUCUCAUCAGCUAGAGAAUAUUGCUCAUGGAUGGUUGUUAAAGAAUACAUUUGUUUGGCAGUCGUAGCUUAUGGGAAUACAUUUAAAUUGGAUUGGGCUUGAAUGAGUACAAUCAUGUUCUAUGUUUUGUAGUCAUUCCUGAUCAUGCAAUUAAAAAAAGAAAAGUUUUUGUGCUUCCUUCAUUCUAAAGAAUAUAACCAGAUAUUAGUCAAUAGUAUGGUGGUUCUGACAUAGGUCAGCUCUUCAAAAAAGAGAGGAGCAGUUUCUUGGCAUUCCCCACAUAUCCU